AUGGAAUCCACUGCCCUGGCUGUAUUCACCGAAUUGCACCAGAAAGGCGUAUUUUUCAGACUCACCAUCGUCUCCGCCGCCCUAACUUGCCUAUAUUUCAUUUUCGUCGCCGUCUGUAACCGUUUGGUCUUCCCACGGUACAAAGUCAAAGAAACAGUGGAAAAGCCAGAUUGGGCUGGAAAAGCUGGAAAACCGCAUUUGCUGCCUCGUGUGAGUUUCUCAGAAGCUUACUCUGUAUCUACAAGCCCGGAAUCGCUGCCGCUUAAACGGAAAGAGGGCUUUUACCAGCACUUGAAUAACAGUUCUCGGUUGGCGCUGGCGAUAGUGGUGGUUCAGGCUUACCAGGUCGUUCCAGGUGAUUUAGGCGGUAUGGAAGUCGUGGGAGGGCUUAACAGAGAAGGAAAAGGCCCUACGUUGGUGUAUAACGGUUCUGUGGACCGCUUGGUGGCGAAAGAAGACGGAAAUUCGUACACUUUGGUGACGUUUGACCCGCCAAACCUACGAAACUUGGAAUACUUCUCUGUGGACGCCAUUUUGCUUCAAAGCACGGGCCAAAGAGUGUCUCAGAAGGUCCACGUGGAAGGUUUGGGCUCCAGGGUCACGUCAGACGUGUUUGGGGAAGAGGUGCUUGAGAAAAUCAACUUUUGUCAGAGUGAUAGAGCUCUACUAAACAAGCUUAAUAAGCAAGCAUGGCGUCUUCCUUCGAAGCCAGCAUACUGGUUUCCGUCCUGGGCAGCUCGUUUGCUUUGUUUUGUUGUUUCUUGCAUUCUUUCCGUGCUUAUAUGGUUCAUUGGAGGUCUAAAUUCGGACUUUUUCAAUGGAUCGUUGGUGGAAAAAUCAGCUUUUUUUAAACAACUCGACCUACGCCUUCGCCAAAUUGCAUACUUCCCGGCGCAGUUCUUGUUUUAUCGAAACCUGGCGAUUCUUACCGAUCCAAAGUCAGACUGGCCCAGACUCUUGCAGCUUCCACUGUACAACGAAAAGUACAACAUCAACAACUCCAACUACAUCAACCUUUAUAACUCCAUCUGGCUCAUUGUCAACGACGUUUUAAUUGGCGUGACUAUGUACAGACUUUUCACCAGAGAACAGGAACCCAUAUUGGCGAUCCUCAACGAAAAGGUGCUUAACGACUGGGCCCUUCAGUAUCUUGGUUCGUUGAUCCAAUGGGUUUCGGCAGAACACCCGUACGGGUUCAAAUUAAACGACGAACUUGGCCAGUUCAUGGGCCUGAUGUUCAUGUGGACGUUAAAUGCGUGGAGUGCAAUUCUCCAAAUAACCAUCAAGUACGCUCUGGCCGAACCGGUGUUUGGCGCCAUCAAAACCAUCUUUAAAUGCAUCUGUUUCAUGGGAAUCCUGUUCCUGUUGGCAGCGCUCAUGGACUAUAUCACCGUGGUGACGCUCCAUAUCCAUUUUUUCACCGUGGUGACCACCAAAGUGUACCAUCGGCAAGUGGAAGCGUUGAAAUCGUUGUGGCAGUUGUUUCGAGGUAAAAAAUACAAUGUUUUGCGUCAACGUAUUGAUAACCUUGACGAGGAGCAGUUUCGUGUGGAUAGGUUGCUUUUGGGAACGCUCUUGUUCACCAUAUUAGUGUAUUUGCUUCCCACAACGUUUGCCUUCUAUUUGCUUUUUUAUGUUGCCAAAGCCAUCAUCUUGACGGCAGAAAAAUGGACCAAUAAGUUGUUGGUGGUGCUCAACAUGUACCCGAUAUUUGUGCUUCUCUUGAAGCUCAAGAACUCCCGGCGUUUGCAAGGAGGCAUUGUAUUUGAGUCCCGAGGAGGCGUGCAAUCGACCAAUUGGCUCCAUAUGAGCAACAAGGCGCUCACUCAGGACGAGAUCUUUGUCAACUUUUGGCACGUUUUCAAAAACGAGGGAAAAGUCGAACGUCUAUUUCUAAACUUUGCACAAGGCCGUCAUAUCCGUGUGAGAGACACCAUCUCUAUGAAAUUUCAUUACCUUAGGCUUCCGGCGCGGUAUGAAAUGUUGAAGGCGCUCUGGAAGGAGGCCAUCUAG